GUAUGGCACCGCAUUCCGUAGCCAUUUUGGCUCAAGAUUGUUUGGCUCCAGCUGGGCCUUCGCAAUCCGAGACACACUCGCGCACUCUGUGUACAUCCAACCUCUGGUCGGCUCACCUAUUCCACAGAUGGCCCAUCUCUUGUUGAUCGCCAGCCUCGUCGGGGCAUGCGGGGCCUUUGGCCUGGCUGCGGCCCCUGCCGAUUCCAGCAUGAUGCAGCUUGGAACAGCCAUGGCGAGCGUCAAUAACGGCAGCCGCCGCGCGGUAGUGUCCGGUUCAGAGUUCAGCGGCUACCCGGCAAUGAUUUACCCGAAGUUGCGGGCAGGUGAUGUGUACCAAUCUCCGGAUGUCUGGAACAGGUACAUGCUCCAGCUCGCCGCGUGCAACACAGACUAUUUCAGGCAGCUUUGCGUCACCUCCAGGGCUUCCAUGGCUCAGGGGAAUGGGUAUUAUUUUUACCAGCACGCCAGUUACGAGUUCGACGACCGGGGCAGAUUGACCCUCAACCCACUCGAGUUUGCGGGCUCAAUGGAGUGUUUCAUGUUGCUCGGGGAUGGGCACUAUUUGCGCAGAACAGACAAUUGCGACAGAGCUGAGGUGUAUACGUGGGAACUCAGGUUUGUCGGGGGCUCAUAUUUUCAGAUUGUCGCAGUCGCCCCGGCACUCACCGGCGCACCCAACAACCACGGUGGCAAGUGCAUGGGCGCGCCGGGUUUGACGACUUCCACAUCGUGGCACGAUUUUUACGGCCCAGCUCUCCAAGUCAGCGACUGCCCCACCGAUCCCGCGGACCCACUCUACGACAAUACGACAACUUCUUGUGGUACACCCUCGCGGAGUCGAUGAUGCUUUCCUAUCGUGGUCAGGUUCCCGCGGUCACCCUCUUCGAUUGGUCGCAGGUUCCGGCUGCCAUCACCGCACAGGCAACCCCGUCCCCGACGCUAGCUCCGACGGUAGCUCCGACGCCAGCUCCGACGCCGUCCCCGACGCCAGCUGCCGUCACGACCGCCCCGUUCAGUAUCGGUUCGACGGAUGCGUGCUCCGUCUCGUCCGACAAUGUGAUCUCGCUGAAUAACGGUGGUUGCUCGAUCGAUAAGCAAAUCACUUGGGACUUCACAGAUCAACUCGUCAUCGAGUUCAAGACACGUGGCUGCAAGGAGCAGGAUUGCUCGACCCCGAACGUGAAAGGUCCUGUUGCCCCCCAUUGGUUCUUCGAGCCCUUCCGCAGCUCGUAUGCAGGAACAGGCCGCGAAGUUCCUGAUCUGUGGUGGAUUUCUCGCCCCAGCGACUACGGCUUUGGCGCUUACGGUGGAUGGUCAGUGUCGGGCGGGAGCGGCGACGGCCGCUCACCCAACACAAACGAGCCGUCCGACCCGAUCCAAUGGCACACGUGGGCGAUGACGUUCACGACGGCGGGCAAUUGUGUCAAUCUCGUCAGCUGGUUGGUCGACGGCGUGAGCAACGGCUUCGGUAGUGAUGCAGGAAAUCCUGUCACGAGGUGUUCGGCGUAUGGCACGACCACAUGGCUCGGAUGGGCCUCGUAUGGCACGACCACGUACGCUUACGUGAAGGAUUUGUCAAUUAACGGCGCAGGGCACAUUUCAGCGCCCGCCCAGGAAACGCCACCUCCAGCGGGCGGAGCAGGUGCUGGAGCUUCUGCCGCUGGCGACCCCCACUUGCAAAACGUCCAUGGCGAGCGGUUCGACUUGAUGAAGGCGGGCAAGCAUGUUCUGAUCAACAUCCCUCGUGGAAAGAGUGCUGAAAGCGCUUUGCUUCGCGUGCAGGCCGAUGCGCGCCGACUGGGUGGACAAUGCGCGGACAUGUAUUUCCAACAGCUCAACGUUACUGGGUCUUGGGCAGAGGCCAAGAAAGCCGGAGGCUACCACUACAGCGUCUCAGAGCGCGACAUCGAGGCUCCGGCAUGGGUUGCCCUCGGCAAGGUCGAGCUCAAAGUCGUGCAUGGACGUACGGACAGCGGCCUCCUGUACCUGAACUUGUACAUGAAACACUUGGGGCGAGCGGGAUUCGCAGUCGGAGGGCUGCUCGGAGAAGACGAUCAUGAGGACGUGAGCGCUGCGCCGGAUUCAUGCGCGCAGCGCCUGGCCCUCGUGGCAGGAACGCGCGGCGUCGGAGGCCCAGAGGUGGCUUCGGUCGCAGUAGCAAGCCUCGCUUGAGCAUGACGGCGUGGUCGCUACCAUAAUUUCGAGCGCUGGUCCCAGCAGCGGCCACUGUCUAUCGGCGGUUCCGUCGGUUGGGUAGGCCAUCCCUACGGGGACUGGGACCAGCCUUUGCUCGAAUCGUUUCCCCCCCCCUCCCCGUCUUCUCUUUGGGGCCGCGAGCGUUUCACUCCGCUCGUGUGAGCCGGCCAAGGCCGGCUCAAGCCCUCGUCUCUCUGCGCUCGAAUCUGAAAAAGGAA